UUUAGUUGAUUCUUCUUAUAUCCGAAAUGCCAUUUUUAAUAAGUUUUAUUAUCCAACAACGAAUUUAAUUGGCUCCCGUGACCUUCAACCGCGCGGGAAAGCCAUUUGAGUACAUAGCAACCAUCAGACGCCAUAUUUGUUGAUGAGCCUAGCAACGCGAUCAAAACACCCUCGAGUAAGAAAGAUGGCCGUCAACGUGGAUUGUGCUUUUGUUUGAAUUGAUAUUUACACCAAUUCACAGUCUUAUAAGUUCAUAAAGUAAUAAUAUCAUGGCGAAAGUUGUCAUUUCUCCCUCGGUGCAUAAUUUUGCGGACAUCAGACCAGUUUCCAGAGGGCUAUCCUUUGCCCCUCGUCCGAACUCGCGAAUUUCAAAUGGACAGUCAAGACCGCAAUCAGGGGUCAAAACAAGAACGGAAAGUGUCUUAGAGGCAACUCCAAGGACUUUYAGGUCUCAAACGUGUACAGAGAUUCCUUUGCCAGUUUCUGGAAGGCGUUCUUUAUCUGUUUCGUCCUCGAGCAAUGGCUCCAAGUCACCAAAUCCAAAACUCAGCUCCAUUGAAGUUGAAUCAAUAUUGAGGGACAAAAUUCGAGUAAAUUUUGCUGAUAUAAGACAGGCUUUCCAGACACUGGAUGCAGAUAAAAACUUGACUGUCACUCAGUCAGAAUUCAGGAGAGUUUUAGAGUCCUUCUGUUUCCCUCUUUCCCAAGAACAGUUCAGCCACAUUCUGAGAAAGGCUGUUGUAAACAGAGAUGGUACAGUCAAUUAUCUAGAGUUCUUGGAAAAGCUUCAUAUAAGGGGAGGAACACCUGAAGGAAUGAAAUGGCUUGGUGGUUUGCAUAGGUUUAAUCAAACUAAAACAGCAGAAAGGCAGCCUUUUGAUGAAGUUGAGAGCAAAGUCAAAGCCAAGAUAACUGGUCAACUGCAAAGUGUUCUAAAAGCUCUAAGACUAUUUGACUAUAACAGAGAUGAGCAGAUACAAAGACAUGAGCUAAGAAGGGUUCUUGAAAACUUUUGCUUUAAAUUGUCAGAUGAUCAGUUUGAUAGGCUAUGGUGUAAAUAYGAUAUGACACGAAAUGGCAACACUCUAAACUACAUGGAUUUUCUAAAACGACUUGGUGUAGAUACUCAGAAGAAGGCAAACCACCAAUCAUCGAACAAAAAUGAGCAAGGCAAAGAAAAUACUCAAAGAAGAGUCAGAUUAGUGGCAACCAAUAAGAGACCUCAUUCUAGUGGAAGUAGUMGAGAGGGGUCACCUAAACCAACACAAUCUGCACCCUCUAUAAAAGACUUAGAAAUGAGACUUAGGAAAAGGAUGAUUGACAACUAUCCUAAUAUAAUGAGGGCAUUUGUGGCCUUUGACAGACGUGGUGAUGGCUUUGUUACCCUAAGUGAAUUAAAGCGAGUUCUUACUCACUUUGUCUUUCCUAUGACUGAUGGMCUGUUUGAUAUAUUGAUGGAAAGGUGUGGUAUUAAGGCUAGUCACAAGAUUGGCUAUGAGCAGUUUCUAAACAAGUUCCAAGAACCAAAUACUGAUAGACAUGGGCAAACCCUCCCUCUUGGAUCAAAUCAUAAGUUUAAUCCAAUUCGUGAGGCUGAAAUUCAUCCCACCACUGAAGAUAUUUGGAAAUUUCUAUUCUCUAAAGUGACUGAAAGCUUUCCUUCAAUCAAGCAGGCUUUCCUUGUUUUCGAUGAUAACAAAGAUGGUCGUGUCACUAAGAGAGACUUCAGAAGAAUUCUAGAAAGYUUCUGYUUYMGRAUGACUGAAGAACAGUUCCAUGAGCUUAUGGCCAAAAUCGACCCUCGCAAUAAAGGCUAUGUUUCUUAUCUGGAAUUUCUGGAUAGAUUUGAGAACAGGGAAACAGAGGAGGGACAUCCAUGGCUUAACAGUGAUCAUUCUCCGAAGAGUGUAUCUCCUCCAGCUAUUCUUGCUUGGUCAACUGUGGAAGACAUCCUUCGAUCCAAAAUCAUGGAUAAUUGGAAGACCAUUGCCAAUGCCUAUAUCAGUAUUGAUGAAAAUAGAGAUGGGUCAAUUUCAAGAAAUGAGCUGAGGAGACUAUUGGAGAAAUACUGCCUCCCCCUGUCUGAUGACCACUAUGAGAUGCUUUGGAGUCGCUGUGAUCUAAAUGAUGACAAUUCAGUAGAUUUUCAAGAGUUCCUUUCUAAAUUGGGUGUUGAUAUCAUCAGUGGUGACAUCAAUGGUGUCAGUACUCGUAUCCAUGAUGAGAGUGAGGCUAAGGCUAACUUUAUGAAACAUGACCAAUACCACCGACAAGAGGCUGCUUAUGAUAGAGCCCUUGAUCUGACCAAUCAAAAGUCAGCAGACCAUUGUAUGGAGAUACUUAAGGAGCAUAUAUCGCAAAGAUCCCCAGACAUCAGAAAAACAUUUGUCAAAUUUGAUGCUGAUGGGGAUGGGAAAAUAUCAAGAAAGGAAUUUCGUUUGGUCCUUGAUAGUCUAGGGUUAUAUAUGACUGAUGAUCAGUUUCGCAUUCUAAGUGCAAGACUGGGAUUCCAUAAAGGCAAGUUAUCAUACAGGGACUUCGUUGAUCACUUCCAAGACAGACGGUCAUUUGGUAUUGGUGAAAGAGCACCUGAAUACCCCAAGAAAAGGCAUAAUCAACCAAUACCUCUGGAAGAGUCCAUGACAGCAGAAGAAGUGGAGGCCAAACUCAAAGCAAAGAUACAGGAUGGAUUUCUUGAUCUAAGAGUUGCCUUCAAGAAAAUUGACUCUGAUAAAAAUGGACUUAUCACAAGGCGUGAGCUCAGGYAUAUUUUGGAUUCACUCAUGUUUAUCCUAUCGGAUGGGGAGUUUGAAAAAUUAAUGGCACGACUUGAUAUGAAGAAAGGGGAUAAGCUCAACUAUAGAGACUUCUUAAAGAGAUUUGAACAUGUAGAGAAGAUUGAAGAAGGACAUCCAUGGCUUUACUCCAAUCACUUUUUUAAUGAAACUAAGGAUCUUCAAUACCUUAGUGCAGAUGAAGCAGAUCGUUUGAUAAAGAGAAARGCUCUAGAACAACAGGAUGAUCUAACAAGGGCUUUUCUUGCCUUUGACCGUGAUGGGAACGGUAUUGUAACCAAGAAAGAACUAAGAAAAGUUCUUUACAAAUAUCAGAUCCCAGUCAACAAAGAAGAGUUUAAAAAACUUUGGGCCAAAUAUGAUACAGACAAUAAUGGCUAUGUGGACCAUCAAGAAUUUAUUGCUCGUCUUGGAGGAGAGUUUGUCCCUGGUGAUUUUAAUGGUCCUAGCACCCAAAUCACUCAUGGCAGUUACAGUGAGAUGAAAAGAUUUCAAGAGGCCCAACAGGCAAUUCAUGAGAAUGCAACACACAACCAAGCUCAAGCUGUAUCUUUCCUGUCUGCCCUUGAAGUUGAACAACGUCUCAAGGAUCGUUUCCGUGAUGGUUAUGAAAGCUUGCGAAAAGCAUUUGAAGCAGUAGAUUUCAACAGGGAUGGUUACAUAUCAAGACAAGAAUUGCAGCAAAUCUUGUUUGACUUCCAUUACUUCCUUGAUGAAGUUCAGCUAGGCAUUCUCCUUGAUAGAUGUGSACUAGGAAACCGAAACAAGUUGUCUUAUGAGAAAUUCCUUUGUGCCUUUGAAGGCCAGCGAAAUUCAGGUUAUGGACGUGUAACCCUAGAYACUCCAGACAAGAAACCUACCAGUGCUGUAGUGUUUGAAAAUCAUGAGACAUUAAGCCCAGAAAAGGCUAUUGCUAAACUAAGAAAGAAAAUUAGCAGCAAUUAUGACACUGUAGUUAAGGCUUUCCAUGCAUUUGAUGAUAUGGGAAUGGGUUGUAUCUCUACUAAAGAUCUUCACCAAGUCAUCAAUGCCUUUUGCUUUGUAAUGACAGAGAAACAAUUCAAGGCUCUCCUGAAGCACAUUGUUGUGGAUAAGGACGGUCUACUAUAYUAUGACGAUUUUCUUCGUAGUUUUCAGCAAUCUGACACCGAGGCCAGUAGAAAGUGGUUAGAAAAUCUAUUACCAUCGCCUACCAAACAGCGACGUUCCCCUGCACCAARACACACAAUGACAGAACAAGACGUCGAAACAAGGGUUAAGGAAGUCGUUAUGGCACGGUUUUACAAUCUUGUCAAGGCUUUGACCGAGCAAGAUAUUGAAAGAACAGGAACAAUCAACAAAAGCUCUCUSCGCAACGUUUUGGAUCGUCACGUUUUCMGAAUGAAUGAUGAGCAAUUUGACCAUAUAUGGCAUACCAUUCCAAAAGCACCAGAUGGAGGGGUUGACUACAGAGAAUUUCUAAAGAAAUAUUCAUCAAGGACUAACGUAACAAGGGCAUCUUCAGCUACUCCUCCUAGAACUCAAGAGCGACAGUCUUCCUUGCUGUCGCCUAUGAUGUCACCAAGCAGAGGUUUGACCUCACCAGAYACAGUCACCCCACCCAUGAGCGCUAGUGAUGUUGAACGAAGACUUAAAAACCAAAUUUGUAAAUCUUGGCAGCAGCUUCAACGAUCAUUCCGCAAUACAGAUAGUGAAAAUACAGGAACCGUGAGCUUCCAACAACUUCGAG